AUGAAAAGACCAAGGCGCUGUCACGUGGGUUACUUGGCUAGGAAGCAAGUCAAUCUGAGCAGUGCUCAUUCUCAAAGUGAGCUUAAAGACGAUCCUGAGGAUGGUGCGUCAAGGUCUCCAAGCGGGAACAUGCAUGCCACAGUAACAAAAAUCACAAUGACUACAUUUAAAGCCAUGGAUAUCUCCUAUUUCAAUGAUGAUGAUGAUGAUGAAGAUGCCGACAACGACUUUCAACCACCUAUUAUUUCGCGCAUAAAUACAGCUCUCUUGAAACGACCACCACCAGUAAAGAAGGAAAAGAAGAAAAGAGUCUGCUCUUCUAUUAUAGCUGAGAAAAGAACGCCGACGAUGAAACCGUCUCUCCAAAAAGACAUCCAAAAGGAUCCUAUGGCCAACAAAGAGGCCAUCUCUAUGGAUGUUAGCAAUAGCAGUACUAGCCUGAGUUCUUUCGAGCUAUCCUCGCCAGAAGAGGAUGAAGACGACGAGCUGCUAGCAACUCAACAGACGGAUGAUGUUCGUACUGAUGACAUAGGCAGAUCAUUCAGUAUUCGUCGUAGAAAGUGGAGUAAAGGUUGUUUAUGGUAUUCAGAGAGAAAUAGUUCUCACCGCAGGCCAUAUCAAAAUAAUUCCACUGUGCGUUGGACUGCCAUUAACCGCCACUAG